CCCAUUUAAAAGUUUCCAAAUUGUGCUGAAAUGUUUUUAAAUUCAAAAAUGAAAUAAAAGUUGGCGACAUCUAGCGUUGGUUUAUGCAACUGAUGCGCAACUGACUGGCGCUAGAUGGCGCCAGUGCUUGUUAUUAUUGUUUCGAUUGAUGCACGGCAACACGCACAGGAUAUCUCUGGGGUCGAGCUAGGCGCUCAUUGCAGCCACACGCUGUACACGAUGGUUAUAUAUUCAAUUUAUGGCUUUGCUGCCAAAGCAUUGACCGAAAUAAAAUUGCAAGAAGUAACGAAAAAAAACAAUAGUUACGGCGCCAUAACUAACGCCAUAUUGUGCGCCGCACAGGAUGUGCAGAGGACUCCGAGCAGCCUAUGGUCAGCAGCGGCAGCAGCAGCUGGCAGAGUGAGGCCAGCGGGAAAAGUGCCGCUUUUAAUUUUGGCUUUAAAUGUUAAUUUUCAAUUUCAAGUUGAGCCGCGCGUAUGGACAUGGCUGCAGGAAUGACCGUUGGCAUAUUUUUACCUGUGCCAUAACUCAUCAUACAAUCAGCGCGCCAAGCAACAACUUUUGUUUUUAUGUUGCAUCAGCAACAACAACAACAAGAAGGAGUAUAACCAGGACAACCAGGACAAUAGCAGGCAGUUACAGUUCAUGUUCAGGCUGGCAGCGAUAGCCUGGCUGCCGGCUGUUUUGCUCCAGCUGCUCAAAAUGGGUAUAUUGUUUGAGGUAACAGACAGUCGGAGAUUUUCUCAGUUCAAAUAUUCUCCAUGAGCUCAAAAAGCCGAGUUGAGCUUGAGAACUAUAAUAGCUAAUCAUUUGAAAUUUUGGAUGUAGCUCCUGCUUUGGCACACGCGGAUCAAAUUUUCACUCAGUUAUCGAUAAAUUUAACCGUUUCCAAGGUAUCGAUAACAAUUGAUAUUGGUAGCUUUGUUUUCUGAGCAUAACUCGAGAACUAUAAGAGCUACAGACACCAAAUUUAGUAUGUAGACUCUCGCAAGGCAUUUACGGAAGCAGAAUAUAUCAGUUUUCCUAUAUCUAUCGCCAUUAGUUAAUUACACCUGUGUAUAGUAGAAGAAACGUUGAUUACAGGGUAUCUUUCAGUUGCUUACUCCCGAUUGCCGCAUAUUUUCUUGCUUUUUUUUUUUUGUUUUUUUUUGCUGUUUUUUUUUUGUGUCGUUCCCAACUCCACUUCGCUAGUCGUUGGCAUUUUCAAGUCAAAAUGGCGUCAACGCUGGCAAAAGUUGGCCCCGCAUUCAACUCCAUUUGCCAUGCAGGAGAGGCAGCAGCACCAGCACAGCGAAGGACAUGAACAUGGACACGGACAUGGAUGCGGACAUCUGCAGCAGCAACCAGAGCAGCCGGAGCUCUGGAAUCAGCCGCCUGGGCGAUACAUAUGCGAUCGAAAUAAAACCGAAACAGGGCUGGCUCCAGUUGCCAAGUGAUGUCAGCGAUUUAUUUGAUUUAAUGCCAACUGGCGACGGCACAAUGGACACAACCUCUGAACCGGCUAAGGUGCGGCCAACAGUUCACUCGAUGUUAAAUCCAGACAAAUGCAGGUGUCGCUAUUGCAGCAUGCAGCUCGUAAAGUUGCAGACGGGCAAAAUCAAACGAUUGGGCAACUAUUGUCCAUUGCAGCUCUUCUCCGGCCAACCCGGUCGUAUGCUCGAUGCCUUGAAUGCACUUUUCGCUUGUCCGCAAAAUAAUUUACGUGUAUUUCAGAGCGGCAAUUUAAUUUAUGGCGAUCACGCGAAUUCGAUUUCCUGCGAGGAGCUGCAUACUCGAGUUUUUCCAGGUGAAAUUAUGGCGCUUAUAAAACAUUUGCUGGUCGCCUGCCUGCUCAGGGAAUACAAUAACAGCGAGGAUGCCCAGAGUCCGUGUGGCAGCCACAGCCACGUGGCAGGCGCUGCUGCAUUCGGGGAAUCGACAUUCAAACGUUGUGGCACGAAGACAAAAGCUACAGAAACUACAGAAAUUGGCGUGGCUAAUGUUGAUGCUGCUGGGCAGGUGAAACAGAAGUACCAGCAGAAGGAGGUAGUCGAACAGCAGGAGGAGGAGGAGUCGCAAAAGAAGGCGCAGCUGGGGGAUGAGUUUGUCAAAGCUGUUGCUGGUCAGCCGCAGCGACACGGCGGCGCGAGAGCAGCAGCUGCUGAAAACACGAGCCAAAGGUACACAAAGCGUUGCAAAAUAGCAACAACAACAAGCGAAACAACAACCGAAAGGACAACAAUUGCCCCAACCUGGUUGUCAACGAAUGUGGCAAUGGCAGCAGCUCGCACGGAAAUGGAAACGGAAAUACUAGCAACGGCAACGGCGACGGCGACUCCAGCUUCGACUCCGCAUUCGCAUCCGAAUGAGACUCAAGCACAGAUCAACAAAGCGGAAGUAUUUCACUUACCAAAAAAUUGUGUGCUGCAAAAAAUUUUGCAUUUGCAAUUGCUGGUAAAGCGGCAUUUUCAUUAUAUGUGGCAAAGGGGAUAUGCUGGCCAUGCCACGCCCAGCUACGACGCGCUGCGACAGCUGCUCAGCUGUCGGCAGUGGGAUAAUGUGGAUGAGCUGGCCGCCGAGCAGGCGUACAUGCUGGGCGCCACGGCACUUGACUGCUCCAUAAUGCUGACGUUUCAGGAGAUAUGCUGCCCGGCCAAGCACAACAGCGCUUUGCAGCCCUGGCUGGUGGCCGUGCGGGGCCGUCAGUUUCUGACCAAGCUGAGCGUGCUCGAUCUGGACCCGAAGCCCGAUAGUCACUUUCAUAAAUUUAUAAAGCAUACACGCGAAAUUGAAAAGGUUUUGCCGAGCAUUAAAUUAAUUAAAUAAAGUCUCGACGCCCAGCUAAAAACGCGCGCAUCGAAUUCGCAGCGCAAAAAA